AUGACUGCCUCUCCUACCUCAAUUGACCGCGCAAUCGUCGAAGCCACGACCGGCAGCAGCGUGGACUGGGUUCUCAUCCAGGCGAUUUGCGACAGUGUCAAUGGUGACGAUAGCGUAGCGAAAGAGGCUGCUGAUGCGCUGCAGAAACGAUUGGACCUCGACGACGAACUGAUUCAACUCCAAUCACUCACUCUCCUCCACACCCUCGGCACAACCUGCUCCCGCGCCCUCAAAAUCCAGCUCUGCACCCGCGCAUUCACGCAGUCGCUCGUCGGCCUGUUUUCAAACCAUGCCGCAGCAGAGGCGGUCAAGUCUCGGUUGCUGGCGGUCAUGAGUGCUCUUGUUGAAGUUUUCGGGAGCACCGAUUUCGAGCUCAGUUUGAUGGCAGAGGCGUUGGGGCAGGUUAAGUUACUUAAUCCGACGAUUAAACCACAAGCGGUGCUGGAAACACCCCCCGCGAGAAGAAAACCGACGCUGGAAGAAAUCAUGGCAAAGAGAUUGGCGAUCUCGAUGCAGGAGGGAAAGAGCCAGGCUCCGAUGCGGGCGCGCAAAGCUGCUUCUAGUUCUUCUUCGUCUGCUGCUGCUGCUGUUCCGGCUUAUGUUGCGCCGAACCCUGUUGCUGCUGCUGCCACUCCUGCUGCUACACCUACUGCCAAAGCUACAGCGGCACCUACAAAAGUGAGGCGCGUGCGAGCGCUGUACGACCUUGACUCGCACGUCGCCGGCGAGCUCUCGUUCCGCAAAGACGACGUGAUCUACGUGCUCGAGCGCGUGUCGAACGACUGGUGGAAGGGAUCGCUUCGCGGGCAGAUUGGGAUUUUCCCGUUAAACUACUUUAGCCCUGUCGCGGAUGCGAGUCCGUCGGAGGUUCAACGUAAUGCGGAGACAGAGGCGCGGGUGUUUGCGGAUGGGGAGCGGGUUGAGCGGUUUUUGGCGAUGCUGGAGACGGUGGGGUCGAAGAAGGAGGAGGAGGAGGUGGAGGGGAUGUAUAAGAGUGUUGUGGAUGCGCGGCCGAUGCUGAGCGAGUAUCUGCAGCAGCUCGAGCAGGUGACGCGCGAUCUGAGAGAUCUGAGUGAGCGGUACUCGGAGGGGAUGAGGAAGUAUGAGGCGUAUCUUGCGCGGUCUGGGAGCCGUUAG